AUGCACCGAACAAGACACCAUAUAGACUACUCUGAUAAUGAAGAAAUUCAAUUACCCGUUCCAAAACGAGUGCCGAUUAUUUGGUCCGACGAGGAUGAUAAAGCUCUUGCUGAAACAUCUCCAUGGAAAAUUCGAAUCUGGAGGAAAGUAAAGGAGUUAUAUGGAAUCGAUGCCACAGAUAUUAUUCCUCCAAACACAACAGCAUCCUUUCUAUCUGAUCGUGGAACUGACAACGUUCCUGUUUGGGCCGUACUUCCUGCUCGGAGAUUGACGAAGAUACUGAAAUGUCCAAUUUUUAGAGGCCAUUCUGGAUUGAACUUAUUACAUUACUCAAUUUUAUUGGCCAGAUUUCAUCGCCUGCCUCAUUCGAGUCUGAAUCCGAACAACAAAAAAGUACGCCAAUAUCUGGAAAAUCAUUUGCCCUCAUUACCUGAAGCCCCAAGAGAUCUGCCAAUACACUCUGACUUCACCAAAAACAUCAAGAGAUGCGCCGAACAGAAUACCAGAGAAUCGUCCGUGGCUUUAGGAAUUUCUGCUUUGGAUUUCGAAACCAUUAUAAACUCAUGGGAUGCCUAUGUUAGGGAGAAUCCUGAACACGGAUUAAAAACCGUUGCUGAAUAUUCAGCUCGGAGGACCGAACGUAUAUCAGUGUCCGAGAAUGGGGCAAUUAUACAAAUGAAAAAGAGAGCAUUGGUGAAUGCAUUUCGUCGACCUGAAGACAGGAUUGCUGAUGAUGUACAAAUGCCUGAAGAGCCAAAUGAUCUCGAAUCCCCUAACAUGACUUCUGACGACGAACCCCCGAUGCAACAUCAAGAAGAUAUUGGCAAUCUUGAUCAACACAAAAUGGACGAGAUUCGCGGCGAGAGCCUGUAG